AUGCGUCGAGUCGCUGUUCUGGCCUUUCGCACGGCUCGUCGUUCUGUCUUUCGAAAGCUCCUCAAUAAGUCGUCCUUUUCCGCUCCUAGCCAUGGCGUAGCCUUCGCACAAUCUUCCGCUCUUGUUCGAAGAUAUAGCUCCUCCAGACAGCCUCUACAAGCUUCCAUGCGCCUUCCAAAGUUACCCAUUGCAUUUGUUGGAUCUCUAGGGGCAAUUGGUGCGUGGUACGCGUACAAUGGUAAUGGGACAAAACAUCUUCUCAACCAACCGAAUUCACCAACAUCAGCUUCGCCCACAAGAACACUGACUACAGAUAGCGCCCAGUCUAUUGCGCAACCUGCUGCCGCUGCUUCAGCAACUCCAAGUCACGAACUCAACCGCAAAGCAUUGGUAGUCGAUAACGACCAAUUCUUCACUGGGUCUAUUGUAGGUGAAGGGCCGCUGGAGAAAGAUACAGACGACUUUGGAAGGAAGGUGCUGGAAAUGAUGACCCCGGAGCAGGCCACAGAAAGAUUAAGAAAGAAUGAACAAUCCUUUUUGGUCGGUCGAGGUCGUGGAGUUGUCAGAUAUGAUGUUGUCCAACUACCAAGCAAUGACCCCAUUGAAGAUGAUCACGCUGAGAAAAUUGUCGAGGUCCCCAAUAGCAUCGCCGCAACAGACAAUCAGACGUCUUCAGAUUGGAUGUUCUGGGGUGUGUUCGAUGGCCAUUCAGGCUGGACUACUUCCGCCAAACUUCGUCAAGUCCUCAUCUCCUUCGCUGCAAGAGAACUCAAUACCACGUACAAGGCUGCUCUUUCAAAUGUCAAGUCACCUUUUCCUCCCCCUGCCGCCAUAGACGCCGCUCUAAAAUCUGCGUUUGUCAAAUUGGACAACGAGAUCUGUCUCGACAGUGUCAACAAGCUUAAUAAGAAUCCCAGUAAGCGCCUAGCUGCUGAGAUUCUAGCUCCAGCUCUUUCUGGAUCCUGCGCUCUCCUGUCAUUCUAUGAUUCUCAAAGCAAGACUCUCCGAGUAGCUUGCACGGGUGAUAGUCGAGCGGUGCUUGGCCGUCGCAAUCAACAGACUGGAAAAUGGUUUGCGACUCCCCUAUCUGAGGACCAAACUGGUUCCAACCCCAAUGAAGAGGCUCGUAUGCGCGCUGAGCAUCCUGGUGAAGAAUAUGUCAUCCGUGCCGGUCGUGUUCUAGGAAACCUAGAGCCCACCAGGGCGUUCGGCGACGCGUUCUAUAAAUGGACCCGAGAGACUCAAGACCGCGUCAAGAGGAAUUGGUUUGGGCGCACGCCACAUAAUUUAUUGAAGACACCUCCGUACGUGACAGCUGAACCAGUAGUAACAAGUACGAAGAUCGAACCCACCAAAGGCGACUUUGUGGUCAUGGCUACAGAUGGUUUGUGGGAAAUGCUCACCAACGAAGAAGUGGUAGGUCUUGUUGGCCAGUGGAUUGAGCAGCAGAACAAGGCGUCCAAGUCAGACAAUUCUAGCACGGCUUGGCUAAGCUCGUGGUUCAAAUCAUCUGCACCAUCUACCCUUCCCGUUGAAAAGGGCGGGAAUAUGGACAAGACCGGUAGGAUCGACAGUGACCGGAGCGAAAAGGGAGGUGAAAAACCGAUCCGUCAACAACAAUGGGCGGUGACAGAGAAAGACAGUCGAUUCGUCGUCGAGGACAAGAAUGCGGCAACUCAUCUCAUCCGCAAUGCUCUUGGAGGUCGGGAUCGAGACAUGGUGUGCGCCCUGCUCACGCUGCCAAGCCCGUAUUCGAGGCGGUACAGAGAUGAUCUGACGGUCGAGGUGAUUUUCUUUGGAGAAGGCGAGUCUACCGGCGCCGUGGUGGUCAAUUUAGAUGCAUCUGCUCCAACGCAGGUUGAGGUCAAGGCGAAGCUGUGA